AUGGUUUUUAUAGUUUUAGAACAUUCAACGAAAAUUAUCGAAGGUGGUGAGGUGAGGAUAAAUGGAAAGGGCAAAAGAAUUAGGAAGCCUCGUACGAUAUACACCAGUCAUCAGCUCCAGGAACUACAAAGAAGGUUUAAUAAAACCCAGUAUUUGGCUCUUCCAGAACGAGCUGAACUCGCAGCCCAACUGGGCCUUAGUCAGACACAGGUAAAGAUAUGGUUUCAAAAUCGUCGAUCAAAACACAAAAAAAUGUCCAAAAAUGGUUAUGCGGGUGAACGCACAGGGUCUGAAGAUGAUCGAGGCGAAGAAGAAGAGGGAAGUUCCACAGAAGCUCAUUCUUCGCCAGCAACUGCAAUGGUAGCGCAAGAGCGUACGAUACCAACAACAGAUGCCUCAUGGAAUAUACAUAUGCAUCAAAGUAGUCAACAAGCAAUGUUGCCUCCUCCUCCGCCACCACCGUUAGCUUCAGCGCUUUCUCAGCCUAUGGCAAUGCCUCAAUUUGAUAUUGAAACAGUCGAUGUUAAGCCAUAUUAUGAUGCAAUGUCCGGAUACUAUCAGCAACAAAAUCCUUAUAUUACACCAUAUAAUUAUGGAAGUGCGAUGUGA